GCCGGUUGGUUGUACUGACGUCGACUAAGGCAUGUGGGAACUGAUUAGAGUAAACAUUAGCUUUUCUCUUUACAUGUGUUCAAGUCAGCUAUGCUUCCAAAGCAGUAAUUAAGAAGAAGCAAGAGAAACAAAAGUGUAUUGGAUUUUUCUUAGUAUAAUGGGUCGAAAAAAGCAGUAUCAGAAACCUGAACGGAUGUCAACCAAGGGGAAAGAAAUUCGACAUCGUCAAAAAGGAAAGAGUUUGGAAACAUUUACAGAGGAAGUGCAUGAGGCUUUACAAGUCAGCAUUCAGGAAGAUGGAACUGAUGAAUGUGAUGUCCCCAGGAAACAAUUUCCAUGUGCCCUUGCCAUGUGGGAACUGGGACACUGUGACCCCAACAAAUGUACUGGAAGGAGACUUGUUCGCAAAGGUUUUGUGAGAAAUCUGCGUCUCAACCAGAGGUUUAAUGGACUUAUUCUCAGUCCCAUGGGUACGAAAUAUGUGUCACCAGCAGAUAAGGAAAUAAUAGCUCAGAGUGGUGUGGCAGUUAUUGACUGUUCCUGGGCUAAGCUGGAAGAGACACCAUUUAACAAAAUGAAGGGUAGUCAUCCCAGACUUCUGCCUUACUUAGUGGCAGCCAAUCCAGUCAAUUAUGGUCGCCCUUGCAAGCUGUCCUGUGUAGAAGCAUUUGCUGCUACAUUUUGCAUUACUGGAUUUUCAGACCUAGCUGUUAUAUUGUUACGUAAGUUCAAAUGGGGAAAAGUUUUCCUGGACCUGAACAAAGCACUUCUGGAAAAGUAUGCAGCAUGCAGUAAUGAGGAAGAAAUAAUGAAAGCCGAGAAGGAAUUCUUGGCAGAUGAUGAAAAAGAUGAAGAAAUAGAUCUAUUUGAUACAGAGUCUGGAAGAGAAUUUUUAAACCCCAACAGAUGUGUUUGUUCAAACAAAAGGGUGAUGGAAAGUGAUGAUGAUGAUGAUAGCGAAGAUAACGAUGAUGAAAAAGAGGAAGAAAUUUAUACGAGUGAAGGUGAGGAAGAGGGUAGAAUAGAGCCAGAACCUGAAAAGACUGAACAACAUGAGAGUGAAGAUCAGAGUGAUGAGGAAAAGGGCACACAGUUGGCCAAAAAGGCUUGUGCAUCAGGAAAAGAACCAGUAAUUUGGAAGGGUGUCAAGAAAAGACUGAGGGACUAAAUUUGUGUUAUAUGUAAUUUCUUUUGAAAAGGAUUGGUGUAGCUACAUAAUAUUCAUAAACCAAAAGUAAGUCUAUUUAUUUUUGAAUGUUCUUUUGAGUGUAAAUAAACCUGAAUUGUAUUCUUUAAA